ACUCCCACCCAUGAGCUGCAGGGAUUGGCUCUUAUCCCACUCAGGGGAGAAGCAGGGAGCCAAUCUCUAACUUCUGAUGCAAUUUAGUUAUUGUUGUGAUCCAGCUACUUUUAUAAAGCAACAUCUGUCGUUACCUGAUUACUUUAAUGAAUUUGUCUCUAUAAUUUCAUCACACGAGUGAGUAACAGAGAUUACAUGAUCUCAGGCAACUCGCCCAGUGACUCCUUUGAGUUGAACUCCUUAGUUAAUUUUUUUUCUUUUGUAAUUUCAUCAUAGUAGAUGUCUUUAUUGUCUGUUACUGGUCAGUGUCUACACUGAGUGAGGAAUAUCUACAGCUGUUCAAUUUUGGAGGCUUUAUUUACUGGUUAACUGAAUAAAAUCGAAUUGCAACACACAUGUAAACAGUGAGAGAGUCCUUUUGGCGAGAGCCUUGGAGUUCAACCCACGAGUUUCAGCUCUAAGGAGACAAAUCAGAUGCAAACUGCAACUAGUCAUGGUGGGCUUUUUUCAUGCUUUUGUGGCUGUGCUAAGCCUUCUGUCCAUGGGACAGUCGGCUCCUGUGACCAGCUGUAACACCCAAACUGUUGAAAUCCAAGGAAGAGACCAGGUGAGUUAGUUUUAUCAUGUGUCUGCUUUAUUCUCACUUCAUCACUUUUUAGUUCACACACAAUCUGUCCUAGUAGAAAUCUUUGUCAUGUGCUUUGUUCAGAUCCUGGGAAAGUGGACGCUCAUAGCAGAAGCCACAAACGACCCUGGAGCCAAGAUGAUGUCAAAGGUUUUAGUCGAGAGCUCCUGGAUAAGAUUCACUGCUGCCAAUGAGAGCAACGCCAUUGAGGUUCUUCAGGGUGAAAAACUGUAAUUAUAUACCUAAAUUGAGUUUGUUUUGCAUUGAUGAUUGACCAUUAGCAUCCUUUGUAGAGCCUAACAUCGAGUACACAUGAACAUGCUUCUGUAUGUUUUCUGCAAUUGAAGGUUUGGUCGCUGCUUCACGCUCAAAACAAAAAUGACUUUGGAAAACGGCACUCUUACUAUGGGUAUGUGCUUCCAGUUAAAACCCAGUGUGUUCUGACUGGCACUAUGCCUGCACUCACAGAUUUGGACUUUGUGCCUAGACUUACAACAGAACUUUGUGUAUUUGUUCGUUUGUUUGUAUCCACAGGGUCACCUCUGAAUUCCUCUACCAGGCUACUGAGCACCGGCUGCCCUGACUGCCUUGUUCUCUACACACAAUACUUCUCCGAGGGGAGCACAAACGGAGGCGUCCAGUUCAUGAGUAAGAUCUUCAUAAAGUUUUAAAGGGAAAAAGGACUGAUUAAUCAAUAAAGACAGAAUAACUCAAGUGACUCUGAAAAGAUGAGUGAGAAGAUCAGAAUAGGGGAUGACUAAGGGCAGAUGAGGGGCAGGCCUUCACUGGAAAAUGCGUCCAAACCAGUUCUUGGUAGUAAAUAUAAUGAACCCACAAGAGGAACUGAGGAUCACAUGCUCAAGCAGCAUGAACACAUCAUCAGAAAGUCCAAUCUUAUUGGAUGUUUCUUUAAUCCACAGUUUUAGAUAUUCAUUAGAUAUCAGAUCUAGGGUGAGAUGACCAAAAUAACAUUUCACGGGAUCAGCUACAAGACCAGCUGUCAGGGAUUUAGAGUCUGGUUAGGAUUUUCUUUCAGGCUUACUUUGUGUAAAUCUGUGUUUUAUACCAAAAGGUGUUUUCAUAAAAAUAUCUCUGAAAACUCACUAGAUUAUUUUUGGGGGGUUAGCACUGGAGAUAAAGCUGGAAAAGGAGAAGAAGGAUGGAAGGCUGUAACGCCUGCUUCAAGGACUAUAGCCUCUUUAUGGGGUCAGCCAAACUUUUUAGUCAUUUAAAAAAAGGAGUUGGCAUGAUGGCGGAAGAGAAACAGGAAAUGUGGGGAGGAGAGAGUUGGGGAAGACAUGCAGCUUAAGUCUUGGCGAAAAGUUGAAUGAGUGAUUGCUGUUGGAGGAUUUUUGUUUCAUAUGGAGAAUUCCGUAUAUUCCGAGUCCCACUCCGAUCGUUUUUUUUUUUACUACUUUAAGUCUUCUCAGUGGUCUUUAAACUGUGAUUAUAAAGCUUUACCAAAAAUCACGUUACCUGUGUUGUUUUCAAGGACUUUUCUUCUGCAGAGCUCCAGUAGAUCAUUAGCAAUUUGCCUCUGAGUUGUGGGCGGAGACAGCGCUGCUCUGCACACUCCUCUUCAUGUUAGCUUGCAGCCUAACAUAGCCGGUGUAGUAGAAGUGGCAGGUAACAUAGGAGCAAUUCAGCUCUCAGACACUAAUGUUUUUAGGGACACGAUGAAAGCUCAUAUCAUAAUUACCUUUCUUGCAAUCCGCUAAUGCACACGCUUGUUCUGCGACCGUCCUCUAUAUUUCUCCUUUAUAUGCAGAGUGUGGCCUGCACAGCGGGACUCCGGGGGCGGAGCUUGGAUUGGUUACAUACGAAAUCUCACUGUUUCUGAACCUGCUGUUUGGGUCUGCCAGAGAUUCACAGCGAUUUGAAUGAAGAAAUACUCAGAAAACCAAUUUCACAUUUAAUUUUCUCAUGACAUGUCCUGUAGCAUCAGAAAAAAAAAAGAAUAUGAACGUAUAAAAAACAAGAAAAACUUGAUUUCCAUUGGAGUGGGUCUUUAAUCACUAAGCCAAACCAGCACCUAAGAGGUUUGUGUUUAGGGUACUCUUAAAACACGACGGCCAAAAUUACACACAAGAGUGUUUUGUUAGCAGAGGCUUUGUUUUGAUGCUUUUGCAAAGUCACCAAAGAGACAUUUCAACUGUAAAUGUAAUGUUUUCACUCCUAGCACAAUAUUUAUGGAGACAUAUUUUCAUAAGUGUAUACUCCACAAAAAGUUAGACUCUAUCCAAAGUCUUGCAUGUUUGUUUUCUGUUUUAAUCUCUGAAACGAACAGGUUUAUGCUGCCCACUGAUCGUUUCAUGUUUUAAGUCUAUUCUGUCUCUUAGGCCGGAGAAAUAUUGUGACAGCUGCUGAAUUGGAAGAGUUAAAGAAGUUGGUAGAAUGCCUAAACUUUCCAUCGCCUGUGAUCCUGAACCAGGACAAAGGUAAGAACUUUUACAGACAGAAAGAUAUUGAUGUUUAGCUCGAUAGCUUCUAUAAAGGAUUUAAAUAUUUGCAUCCUUUCCUUCUCAUGCCAAAUCAAUCACAGUUUAAAAACUUAAAAGUCAAUACACAUUAGAAAUGGAUUGAACGGGAUAAACAGGAAGUCAGGCUGCUGCUUUAUCUUUUACUUAAUGAAACUGCUCCUUUGGUGCAUAUUUCAUUUCAUAUUUCAUAUUUCACCUUCAUACUUUCACAAAAGGUGCUGCUGUGAUAGCACAAACUUUAAUGUUUUUGUGCAUCUCAGAUACAAUGUUUCUGUAUUUUACAGGCCUUUGCCCGGAGGACUCUCCGCUGAACACUGAUCUGACUUCUGACUUCUAUGACAUGAGCCCAGAUUUUUUCAAUCAAACAGAGAGUAUCAUCAGUGAUGAAGCUGGCAUGGAUGGGCUUUCUGACUUGAUAUCCAGCUUGAGUGACUUAACAGACACUUAAUAUUCCCAUUAAAACAUAAAAGACCAUUUCCAGAUGAGGAAUAAUCUGACAGAAAAUAUGAUGUUAAUGCAUAUUAUUGUGUCUUUUACAUUCCGUUUCAGGAUGUCUGACAUUUCAUAAAUGCAGAUUUCUUCCUCCUCUGCUGUGUAAAAUGCCAUUUAAAGCCAUAUAACCAUUAAAUAAAACGUUUGUAAACUUAAUGCUGUCGAAAUUAGUUCCCUAAACUUCCCUCCCUUCAAAGUCCCACUCUGAUUGUAUUUUUACUACUUAAAGUGCUUAAAACUGCGAUUAUGAAUUUUUUUAAAUGGAGCUUCACAGAAAAAAAGAGGACUUGAGCACAAACCAGUCUGACAGUAACUACAUGUCAACAUCGCAGGUAGGGGGGAGAAACAUUUAUAUUCUGUGUAAUAAAUUUCUAAAGUUCCCAUAAGAACGGUUGGCAGAGGCGGGAUUUAUGACCUAUACUGCAGCCCGUCACCAGGGUGUGCUGUUCUCGGAGUGGCUGUCCAUUCUAUAUACAGUCUAUGGUUUUGACUAGUUUACAGCACUGGGGGGGAUUUUCUCAGACAUGUGAUUUGUCAGUCAGGUGAACUCUAAGAGGCGGACAGAAUGUAGAAAAACAUCUGUUACUGUGAAAUAUGAAGACCCUUUCAAUUUGUGGAAAACGGCUUCUACAAAUGCAAACAUGCCCACUGAUAGCAAGGUAAGCCACACAUCUGUAAACCCUGCAUGUGGUCGCACCAAGCAGCAGGGUUAUACAGUGACAUGCUUUGUGAGAAGUUGGUCUGUCUAGUUUGUGCUGCUUUUACUUGCUGUAGUGUUAUUGUGCGUGUCUCUGAGAAUUUGUUGCAUAAAUGUCCGCUGUAUGUGUUGGCUCCAUUUUCUGCCUCUGCUUUCUUAUGUGGUCUUGAAAGUAAAGUCUGUCUC